GAGGAUGUCGAUGGCGAGAAACUGUCAUUUUGCACGUGUCGUCAUAGUGAAUUGGACAAUAUUUUCAGAAAAAAAGUUUAUUUAAAAAUAUCGGAGUGUUUUGAUAAGUUUACAAUUGAUGACAAUAAACAGAUUUAGUGGAUACUCAUCGUGAAUUUUACUCCCAAAAUUUUUUCUAGUUUUAGGAUAAUGUAACAGGCUUUCCUUGAACAAAAUUGAAUGAAUCUUACUACGAUGUAGAUGUAUUGGCGGACUUCGCUUUCUCUCUGCGUACCCAUAUAAAAAAAAUGUGUCGCACGAUUGAUACCAGAAAAUGCGGCUGUUAGCAACUAUAUUUUUAUUAAAUUCAAGUGUGUAACCAAGUUUUUCGAGAAAUGUCGAAUUAAGGCUGCGUAUCGCUAACGUAUCAUGCGACAAGCUUUUCCGAGUCUUCCACUUUAUUGUAACGUUUCAAAAGAGACUCUAAUUCUGUCAGUGUCAUCAGAAUACACGCAUCGUUUCGCAAUAAAGCAACACAGUUUGUCGAAAGAGUUAAAUGUGCACUCUGUAGUACUAUCAUUACUGUGUAUAGUACCUUUGGAGAACAAUUCAACAUCAAAAUUUCAUUCGUCAACAGCAUAUUGCAAACAGAAGUUAAUAGUAAUCAUCACUGAGAAGAUCAAAUUUAAUCGUGAGUGUGAUACGAUUAGGGAAACAUUGGUGGAUAAAAAUCCAGAGAAGAAUGCUUUAUUUGAUACUGACAGUCCACAAAGCAACAUUGGCAAUCUGCCACCAGCAGUCGUCUCUGCAGCAUCAGUAGCAACGGGUUCUACGGGAACAGGCGCGGCCAACACAGAGGCACUAGUGUCAACUACAUCUGUACUGUCUGGUGGGCCAGGAGGAAGCAACAAUGCUAGUUCAGUCGCAAUUAAUGUGUCCACAGUUCCUUCCUUCGGUGAAUUAGAGGAGUUUCAGAGCAUCCUACAUUUUCCAGAGGAAGUUGCGUUGCGGAUCACUGACACCGAAUAUCAAUUGUUCUAUCAGGUAUCAUCGAAUGACUUCAUCAAUUACUCCAUCUAUGACUUGCAGCAAGAACUUGGUUCAAACUACUCAACGAUAGGUAACCAGUCAUGUGCUAAUAGUCUCAACACAUGCACUAGUAAUAGCAAUAACAAUGACAACAAUAAUGAUCCUAAGGAGCAUCCGGAAACUAGCGUUAGUCCUAGCAUAACCUGCUCAAAGUCUCCAAGCGGGUUUGCAACCAAAUUGGAUUUCAUACGCAAACGAUUUGAUGAGACUAGUGCGUGGACCAAUUACUUUGUCUUGUCUCAAAGUACACAAGAUGAACGAAAAGCGGCCUUUUCAUGCCUGUUGCGUGUUGCCAUUUCAUGUUGGAAUAUUGGAAACUUCAAUGGUGCUAAAGAAAUAGUGGAUGGUCUAAAAUCGAUUAAAAAAGAAUUUAUUUGGACGUCUACCACAGAUCUAAAUAGAAACUCAGUGUAUGAGUUUCUCACCACUGCGUUUGACUCCAUCGAGUACAAUAAUGCACUUGCUAGAGCUUUGGCAAUUCCAACAUGUCGCAUCAUACCUUUUUACAGAAAUCAUGUUCGCGAUAUCAAGUGUUCGUUACGAACAAUUACACAUAUACAAGACAACCAGAAUCAAAUGGGCAAGUAUUACCUAGGUGACGCGAAUUCAUUGGCUGAAGAUAAUGAGUUAAUGCAAAAGCUAAUGCAGCUCACGCUGCCAGUAAUCUAUUCGCCAUCGGUUGAUAAGCAAAGCACAGUAGUUCCAUCAGAUCUAUCAUUGAAAUCGUCAAUUCCUGAUGCGAAUGACAAACCGGAAGAAGACAGCUUUAUGGAAGAGAUGUAUGCCAAAGUGUCACUGGCACUAAAUUGUGUGACCUCAAUCAUGCAGCAUCAUGAUAAUUUAUGCCGUGACUCAUCUCAUAGUUUGUUAGAUUUUCUCAGAUCUGCAGCCAAUAGUCCUAGGCAAACUAAGAUACCACUAUAUCAGCCAUCAAACCACCAAGAACUAGAAGAUGACUAUGAAGUUGAAAUUGGGAGCUAUAACCCUGUGCAGCCAUUGUUUUUUGACCAUGGAAUUAGUAUUGUUCCCUUGUCGACUCAGAAAACGAAUGCUGUCGAUCAUCACGUGCUUCAGAUAUUACAUCAUGGAACAACAGCUGUACUUUGGGAACCAGAAGUACCAGCGGAUCGAUCUGCAUAUGUAUUUUUACGACUUGAACGAUCGUGCUCCUUUAUUUCAUGGCAACGAACUGCCUGGCGUAGAAUCAAAUCUCAGCAAGAAUUCAGUCCUAAUCAAAAUCCUGAAGAAACUAUGACAUGGCGGUUUACUUCCCGUUUUGCAUCGAAUUUCGCAGAUUUGGAGGCACAGUGUCAUAGCCUGGAGCAAGAUACACUGGAUCUAGGAACGAUUAAAGAUAUCACAAUGGGUUCUCGUAAUCACGAAUACGAUUCAGAGAUUCUUGCGGCCGGCAAGCGAUUCGGACUCACUCAUGUAGAAUGUUGUGUUUCACUUUUGUAUGGAAGCUCUGCCAGUGAAAAUCGAAUUUUGUGUAUUCUAUGCCCGCCAAUGUUAUGUCGUACAUGGUACGUUGGCCUUCACUGGAUGUUGCGAGGACUUCGACGACAACAGAGCUUAAUUGACCGAUCGAUGCUUUGGUUGAAAGAGCUCUACAUUAAUCUCUAUUUCGAAGAAGGAUUAUGUAGUGAGCCAACGGUGGCUAAUGCAAUCAAAGUAUUCGGUGGUAAACUAUUCCAGUCGUCCACAAGAUCCCAAUCAGGAACACAUAUCAACGAUUCAGCGCCCGAACUAGCGUCAUCUGCGACAACAAUAAUAUCAAACAAAAAAGAAUCCAACAUGAAGAUUCGCAAAAAAUGUUCGGUUGCAAAUUUGCUAAACCAAAAUAAUGUUAACAGCCAAAGUAGUCCUACAAUAGAGCAUGGUAUUAGCGAAAUCGAGAAAAUGAGAGCAAUAGAACGACGAAAGGAGCGUCACAACUCACACGAUCAAUUAUGGCAAACCAUGAGGAAUUUACGAGCAGGCUCUAUAACACUCGAUACCCGGUUGGAUUUCUUAAGCUUCGUUUCGUUAUAUAGGUCAUUCAGUAUAUUAACGAGGCCGGAUCUUCGAGAUAUAUUUAACCAGCUGGCAGUAGUCUCAGUAUGUCGAAAGACUCUGAAUGGAGAGAAGAGCAAAAGUGCUCCCGAGCUUUCUGAAGCAGCUGUGAAGCGAAAAAUAGGGCUACUCACACGAAAUUGUUCACUGGAUCUGGACUUAUCAGACACAAAGCAUACGCGGAAAAAACACUUCGAUGCUAUUGUUGCAUCCUGUCUCGCCGUUGACAAUGAUUUCCUGUCAUGCAACAACAAGGUGAUUACGAUGUCCACACUGAAAAAGUUUCUAGAAACUCGUCAGAUGGAGGUACUGUGCGAUGAGGAUGUGAAAGCAAUUAUUCAACGUCAUGAACCGGAAGCUGUACAGCGCAUAGAAAAUUGUCUAAGUUUCGAAGGAUUUGCUCGAUACAUGAUAGAUAAAAAUAAUUAUGCGUUCCUUAGUGAGCUGAUGCCUGAAAGUUCAUACAUGAACUUGCCUCUUUCACAGUACUACAUAGCAUCGUCACACAACACAUAUCUUACUGGGCACCAAUUGAAAGGCGAAAGUUCGGUGGAGUUAUAUAGUCAAGUGCUAUUGACAGGUGCUCGAUGUGUUGAAUUGGACUGCUGGGAUGGGGAUGAUGGUACUCCGGUUAUUUAUCACGGACAUACAUUCACUACAAAAAUACCCUUUCGAGCAGUUGUUGAAGCUAUAAACAAAUCAGCAUUUGUACAAUCUGUUUAUCCAGUGAUACUUUCAAUAGAAAAUCACUGUUCGGUUGCCCAACAGCAGCGAAUGGCUCACAUUUUUCAGUCAAUCUUUGGAGAUAAACUGGUAACAAAUUUUCUCUUCGACCAAGAUUAUACAGACGAACCUUUUUUACCUUCUCCAUUGUCAUUGAAAUACAAAAUUCUAAUCAAAAACAAAAAGCUGAUUGUAGAUGUUCCGGCUACACUAUCAACCGGUUUAACCCGUCAGAAUACCUAUAAACAGACGAACUUGCCCAUUAGAGCGAGCUCGAUUGUAUCAAGUACCAGUGGCAGCUCAGCAAACGAAGAGUUUAGCGACGAUGAAUAUGAGGAUGAUGAUGAUUUCGACAAUAUUGAUGAGAAAACAUAUCAUGUAAAUUGGGGAUCAAUAGAUGAUAAGUCUAGACAAAGUGUAUCUCAUACAAGUUAUCCGACUUCUACUAAACAACUACAGUCGCAGUUAUUCCAGCAACAGCAUCAACUCCAGCAGGAUGAUCGAUCUCGUAAGGGUAGCAAUCAAAUAGCCCGUGAAUUAUCGGAUUUGGUUAUCUACAUUCAAGCAAUAAAAUAUCGUGGGCUCAACCCAUACAGCCCACACAAUUCUAUACGUGCCAACCCAAAACAUUUACUUAAAACCAGUGGAAGCGUUGUUACGGUGGGUAGUAUUCUAAAAAACAGUUCAGGUGAUACGCUGAGUCUACCAUCAUCUAGUCACUCAUCUGAUCGUUCAGAUAUAUUAUCACUGAACUGCGAGAGCUCAAGUAUUAGUGGGAGUGACAGUCAUUUGCCAUCUUCAACGCGAACCCGCACCAUGCCAAAUGCCAAUCAUCCUUGCUAUCAAUGUUCAUCAUUGAAUGAGGCUAGUGCAAAAAAGCUUUGUCGAAAGGAUCCACUGGGAUUAAUUGCACACACAGAAUCACAAUUGAUGCGAACAUAUCCCGCUGGUCUUAGAAUAGAUUCUUCGAAUUUUAAUCCAGUAUUUUUCUGGUCAUUUGGAUUUCAGAUGGUUGCACUUAACUAUCAAACUGAAGACAUGCCUAUGCAUAUCAACAAAGCUAUGUUUGAAGAAAAUAAUAGUUGUGGGUAUGUUCGAAAACCUGAUGUGCUUUGGAAUAGGUCUCAUUUGAUGUAUAGAAGAUUCAAUCCUCUGGAAAAAGAAUUCGACGGAUUGCAUGUUACACAGUUAGUUAUAAAUAUUGUUUCCGGUCAAUAUUUGAACCAAGUAACAAAUGGUACAAGCAUUCACGUAGAAAUUGAAUUAUUAGGCAUUCCCAUAGACUAUGGAAGGCGUAGAACGAAACCUGUCCGGUUGUACAACUUCAAUCCAGUAUGGAAUGAAACAUUCUUUUUUAAGAUAAUGUUCCACGAUUUGGCAUUUCUAAAAUUCAGUGUGUAUGAAACGGAGUCGGUUGUAGUCGCUCAAAGAGUUAUAUCACUCAAAUGCUUUCGACCCGGUUAUCGCCAUGUACGACUUAGAUCUCCAACGAAUCAACCGCUAAAUAUGGCGUCGUUGUUUGUAUAUACACGCGUGGAAGAAGAAGGUUUGGAUAGAUCAUACGGUGAAAUUGAUGAACAGUACCUUCAGCAAACUCGAUUAGCCAAUCGAAAAGAUCUUUUAGACGAAGGAGAGCUUCUUCUAGAAAGUAAGGUUCCAUUAUUGAAGCGCAAGACGUUUUUUUGUACUAUCUACGACGCAGUACCAAAUAACCCCUUCACGAUUCUUAAGAUCACCCAGGAAUGCACAACGAAGGACGUACUCAUGAUGGUGUUGCAAAAAAUGAGCAAAUCACGAACGGAUAUAAGUAACUAUAUUUUAAUAGAAGAAGUAUAUACGGGCUGGGAGAAAAAAGAUAAACGGCAUCCUCCAACUCAACGAGUUCUGGACAUGACAGAAAAACCUUUACAAGCUCAGGCUAGUUGGAAAGGCGAUGGACGCUUUAUACUCAAACGAAUAGGCAAUGAUCCAAGCAGCCGUGCCUGGGUUACAUCAAUUAGGCGAACAACAGAAGCUAGAAGAGCAUCAAUAGCAACGACGACAUGUGGGGGCGAUACGGUAACUGGACAGGAAUCAGGAGUAACAACCGAUGAUCCGCUGGCACUGGAGAACGUAGACAAUUUUCUCGUAUGCGUGUUCAAUGUUUCGCAUGAUAUACCUUAUGCAAUAUUGAGAGUACCUAUGAAAUCGACGGCACAAGACGUACUAGCCCAGGCUCUGCUAAAAGCACGUCGUUUAGAUAACCCCAAUAAUUUUGUACUAGUAGAAGAAUUAAAUUACAGUAACAAAAGCAAUGACACGAUGCAGCGAAUAUUAAUGGAUGAUGAAAACGUCCAUAUGACCCAAGCAAAUUGGAAAACGAUAGGGCGCUUCGUAAUACACGAGCGAAGCCAACUUACCCCUUCUACGAUUCGUAAAACCAUAUUACCCAUAGAGAAGAUUAGUCGUGGUCUCAGUAUAAGCCGUGGCUCUUCAUCUUCAUCAACAUCGGUUCACUCGCUGGUAUCAAAAUCGCCUAUUCAGGUUGCUCUUAGUGAUCCAACAACAUCUAGAAUAAAAUGUCGAUCUGCAGAGACGGCGUCUCACGGAGUCAAAACGAGACAUUCACAUUCUGGCUCGGGAUCAGGUGGUUCGUGUGGUAGUUCAGGAGAACGGCACAAGUACAGCUCAGAUAAAGACACGUCAUUUUCUAGUACGAGUAGUAGCAGUAAUGCAACAUCGAAGUCCAUGAAUCUCCGCGAAGUUCAUUCUGAAGGAGAAACUCUUAGUGAUGAAGAAGCAAAAGAAGGUGACAUUAUAUCAACUAUGUCGCGGUUUAAACGUAUGUCGAUAAAAAAGCUUAAAUCAUGGAAAUCAUAAGCACCUGUACAUAAGUAUUAACUAUAAAUCCAUGAAAUGAUUUCAAUUGUCAAGUAACAAGUUAGCUAUGUUGAUCAGGUUCACACUUUAGGUGGAUAAUCACUUUUUAUCAAUCACUAUUUUUUUCAGGAUAGGAGUUAAUCGAAACUGAACCGGUAUUUUGAAAACUGUAAUUCAUAAGUAAACUAUAAUUUCUCAUAAAAUUACAGUUUAUUGGUAAUUGUAACAUAAACUGGUCGAACCGGGCAUCCUGAUACAAGUGAAGCAUAUGAAGAGCUCAUUACAAUACUUUCAUAAUGCGCAUUGCUUCGUUGGUUAACACGGAGUUAUUUUUUUAAACCCGAGUAGAUAAUAUGUAUUUUUAGAAAUAAAUGUGUAACAUACAAUAGUGAUUUUCAAAACUUCUCACUUGAUUUUGAAUAAAAAAUUAUUUCAUUAUGCAGUCACAUAACAAAGUAUAACCACCUCCUCGUCGGUGAUUUUUCAAAAAAAGAAAACUCGCCCAUACACGAUAUAAAUCAUUUAA